CCUUCACCAACAAUGGCCGCUGCUGCUCACCAACCACCGCCGUCGGCUUCCCCAGUUCCAGCCGAUUCAACUCCAAUCGCCCACCCUCUGUUCUCCAGAAUCCGUCUCGCGGGCCCCUCCGAUAUCCCUCACAUUCACAAGCUAAUCCACGAAAUAGCCGUCUACGAACGCCUCACUCACCUCUUCUCCGCCACCGAAUCUUCCCUCUCCGCCCAUCUCUUCUCCUCCCCACCUUUCCAAUCCUUUACCAUGUUCAUCCUCGAAGUUUCCCAUGAACCCUUCCCCGAAAACUCUCCUCAUAACUCCAACUCUCAUUACUCCCCUGUUGUUCGAAUCGUCGAUUCCGAAGUCCCUGUGGACGAUCCAGAACGGGAGCUUUACAAAUCGGAAGAUGAAAACGUUGUUGUUGCUGGAUUUGUUCUGUUUUUCCCCAAGUUCUCGGCCUUAUUGGGGAAGCCUGGGUUCUUCGUGGAGGCUAUUGUAGUGAGGAAAUGUUAUCGGAGGAAGGGUUUGGGGAAAAUGUUGCUGUCUGCGGUGGUGAAUCAGGCGGUGGAAAUGGAUUAUUGUCAAGUGGAAUUGGUAGUACUUGAACGGAAUGUGCGAGCGAUUAAGUUUUAUGAAGAAAUGGGUGCCCAGAUUUUGGGAGAGUGGAGAGUUUGUGAUCUCACCGGCGAUUCUCUUCGAGUUCUUCAGACAAAUGAUUGUGAACUUAGUUUGCUUAAUCAUUAUGGAUAA